AUGUCGCUCGCCUGGUUCCGCUGCAGAGCGAGGCUGCUCGCCUUAGUAGCAGUCUUUCUUUUCGGGACAUUCUUCUGCCUCACACAAUACGCAGAUAUGGGCUCGUUACGUCAGGGUUCUCUUUUGGCCCUUCUCUCAUCAACACCAGCUCUCAUAGGCUCUGAUCCGAAAUUAAAAUGGUAUCCUCCUAGUGAGAAUAAAGUCAAUUCUCUGAAGGGUGCGAUUGAUGGGGAGGGUACUUAUGGGUUUAUUUUUGACUCGUCGGUCACACCUGAUGAGAAGUAUGGCACGUAUAAUUGGUGUAACAUGCCACAUGCGAGGAAGAGGGAGUAUAAGAAACCUGAGAAGGAAUAUGAGCUUCAAUAUGUUGAAGUGAUCCAAAGACAUCACAAGCGCACUCCCUACGCAGCCAACGCGUUUCCAGUGGAAUCAUACCAAUGGAACUGCGAUAACCAGGGUCUGUACUACUUCGGCAGACAAUUCACCGAUGAACCCAAACCCAACGCUCAAGGGUACUGGAAAGGCUUUAUAUCCGACAUUAAUCCCUUCAUUCCCUCCGGAUGGAUCGGAUCUUGCCAAUUUCCCCAAAUUACAGCUGAAGGUCUCGACGACUCAUGGGUGCACGGCAAAGAUCUUUACGAAGUGUACCACGACCUUCUAAAGUUUAUUCCCGGCCGUGGGGAAGACUGGCGAAGCAGGGUCAAGUUCAGAGUCACCAACAAUCAGAUCACGAGUCAGGUCGCGGGCAUGUUUAUCAACGGCAUGUAUCAGACUACCGAUUCAGUUCCGUUACAUAUUCAACAAGCUGGCGUGGACAGUCUUGAACCGCAGUACAAGUGCAGCGUUGGGAGCAAGCUGACCAGUGCUAUCAAGUCGUCUUCCAUCGCGGAAUGGAAGAAACAUCUUGACAAGACGAAGAGU